UUGGAGAAGGCAUACGCUAAGGCCUAUGGAUCAUAUGCUGCCAUUUCUGGUGGAUCUCCCACAUACGCAUUACAGGAUCUUACUGGGUCUCCAUCGUUUUAUUUUAAAAAAUUGUGGAAUGAUGCGUUGAAGAGCUCUGAUUCUGCGGAUAAAUUCUUUAAAUUAUUGCAUCAAUGGAGACAUCAAAAAUACCUUAUCACUGUAGAUACACCUUCAGAAGAUGUGCGCAGCUAUUCUUCACGUCGCAGGAUGAGUAAUAUUGAAGCGGAUGAGGUGGAGAGACUGUACAAG